GCAACCCACCAGAAAACUAGAAGAAUAAAAAGAACGGAGCUUUGUUUUGAAAAGGAGACCCGAGUCUUCGAUGCUGAGACGGGGAUGGCUAACCGGACAAACCUCGCUGUUUCUUCUCGAACGGAGAAAAAAGCUUUAGAAAAAGCGAAGAUACUCCAACGAGAAAGUGACAGGGAAGUCUUUCGACUGGUGGCUCGCAUUCUGAAGAAAACGGAGGCUGAAAGGUCGGAGGAGGAAGCUUCUGUUCUUCUUUUGCACAGAAGCCUUGUAGACGAACUUAUUAAAAGACAAACGCGCAGAAAUGAACUUAAGAGAAAACAAGAGGAGGUGUUUGAUGAUGCAGAUGAGCUGAAGAGGAAGGUGAAGCAGCUGGCGGUGGCUGUCCAACAGGCAAAACAUUUGGUUGUUUACACGGGUGCUGGAAUCAGUACAGCAGCAUCCAUCCCUGACUACAGAGGUCCUAAUGGUGUUUGGACUCAACUGCAGAAGGGUCGUGUUUUCAGCUCUUCAGACCUGAGUAAAGCAGAACCCACGCUCACGCACAUGUGUAUAAAGAUGCUCUAUCAAGACAUGCUAGUGAAGCAUGUUGUGUCACAAAACUGUGACGGUCUUCAUCUACGUAGUGGUCUUCCCAGGCACGCGCUGUCUGAGCUUCAUGGAAACAUGUUCGUUGAGGUGUGUACACACUGUUCUCCAGUCAGGGAGUAUGUGCGUCUGUUUGACGUGACGGAACGAACUUCACUGCACCGUCAUGGCACGGGUCGCAGGUGCUCCCAUUGUGGCAACGAGCUCAGGGACACCAUCGUGCACUUUGGAGAGCGAGGAACUCUGGAAAGUCCCCUCAACUGGAAAGCAGCUGCAGAGGCAGCCAAGAUGGCAGACGUUAUCCUUUGCUUAGGGUCCAGUUUGAAGGUGUUGAAAAAGUACGCUUGUUUGUGGUGCAUGGACAGACCAGCAGACAAAAGACCAAAAUUGUACAUCAUUAACCUCCAGUGGACACCAAAAGAUGAUCUGGCCGUGCUGAAGGUUCAUGCUAAGUGUGAUGAUGUAAUGGAUCUCCUAAUGAAAGAACUUCAUAUUCACAUCCCAGUUUAUGUCAGGGUGGACGACCCCAUCUUCAGCUUGACCACGCCCCUCAACCCCGACGAGCAGGACAGUCACACGCGUGCGCUCAUCGCUCGUCAUGACGUCAUCGAUGACAUCAUCGACCCCUUCGGUGACCUGCAGCAGCCGUCAGAAAGCCAGCAGGUUUGUGGCGGCUGGUUUGGACGAGGCUACGGCAAAGGAAGGAAAAAGAAAAAAACGGCGUGAAGUUAAAACAUGAAGAGGAAUUAUCCUUCAAGCUGAGGUGCUCGUGUCUUCUUGUUUACCAUGUGAAGAAAUAUUAGAAUUCCUGAUUUUCUAACUUUUCAUAAAGAAAACAAAACAUUUUGUUUGAGUGAUCACAAAGUUUUUGGACACUCAUCAUGAAUAUCAUAUUAGGUAUUAUAAUAUAUUUCAUAUCCAAAGAAGUUAACACUCUUUAUGAUUGUUUGUUGUGACAACAUCUAAACACGUUUACAAACACUCUCCAUGAAUAUUCAUUUUCAUAUAUAUAUUUAACAACUUUGUAAACAUGUUCACUAUGUAGACGCUUCAUGUUUAAUAACAUUCUACACAAGUUUACAUUCUUCAUGACAAUUCAUUCUCAUAACAUUUGAUAUCUCCUACACAAAUUUAUGUACACAUAAUUAAAAUGAUACUCGUUUUCAUGGCAUUCUAAACACGUUUAUGUACACUCGUGUCAUUUUCACAAUAUUUACUGUAUUUUUGGGAUUAUAAGUCGUUCCGGGGUAUACGUCGCACCGGCCGAAAAUGCAUAAUAAAGAAGGAAAAAAACAUAUUUACGUCGCACUGGAGUAUAAGUCGCAUUUUUGGGGGAAAUUUAUUUGAUAAAACCCAACACCAAGAAUAGACAUUUGAAAGGCAAUUUAAAAUAGAUAAAGAAUAGUGAACAACAGGCUGAAUAAGUGUACGUUACAUGAGGCGUAAAUAACCAACUGAGAAGGUGCCUGGUAUGUUAACGUAAGAGUCAUUCAAAUAACUGUAACAUAUAGAACAUGCUAUUCGUUUACCAAACAAUCUGUCACUCCUAAUCGAUAAAUCCGAUGAAAUCUUCUUCCUCGAUGUCGCUUCUAAACAACUCUGCCAACUCCAAAGGUAUGCGCCGCUUCCUCUUGUCGUUUUCUGCUGCAUAUUUCACUACGUCCAGCUUGUAAUCUGCAGUACAUGAUUUCCUUUUCGGUGCCAUUCUUGUUCAGCCCUUCUCAGUUUUUAUAAGUUACCGCCAACAAUGAAAUGAUUCAUUUUAAUAGUUACGGCAGUAGCAUAUAGCAUAUAGUAGUUAGCAUUCCAUGACCCACAAUGCGCUUCUGCCAUGACCCUUCCCCGCCGAAUUCUUAUUGGUUGACGUGUACGUGACGAUUGCUGAUGUGUGUGUGACGAUUGCUGACAUUUUCUUUGUUCCUUCCGCGAAUUAGAUAAAUAAUAUUAUUUGAUAUUUUACAGUAAUGUGUUUAUAAUUUCACACAUAAGUCGCUCAGGAGUAUAUGUCGCAACCCCGGCCAAACUAUGAAAAAAACUGCAACUUAUAGUCUGAAAAAUACGGUAGUAUCUUCUACACAAUCAUGACUAUCCUAUUCAUUUUCAGAACACAUGCAUUAAUGACGUAUACGCAAUUUUGUGAGUGUAUGAUAUUAAUUUUCAUAACUUUAAAUCAUGACAACAUCACGUUGACAUACACGCACAAUAUCCUUUUUCAUAACAUUCAAUCGUAACAUCUACACAAGUUUAUCAACUGUUAUAACAAGCUCAGUUAUUUAUGCCUACCGCAUACACCACUAAUAUUUGGUUGAAUAUGAGUACUGUUUUUCUGAAAAUCAUUGUGAUUAAUUUAUGAAAAUGAAUAGGAUCACGUCAUACAAUGUCACAAUGGUUAAAAUGAUGCAUUAAUAUUCCAUAUAAAGUACAAAACCCAAAACCAGUGAAGUUGGCACGUUGUGUAAUUCGUAAAUAACAACAGAAUGCAAUGAUUUGCAAAUCUUUUUCAACUUAUAUUCAAAUGAAUGGACUGCAAAGACAAGAUAUUUAACGUUCGAAAUGAGAAACGUAAUUUGCUUUUGCAAAUAAUCAUUAACUUAGAAUUUCAUGGCAGCAACACAUUGCAAAAAAGUUGGCACAGAGGCAUUUUAUACCACUGUGUUACAUGGCCUUUCCUUUUAACAACACUCCUGUAAAACGUUUAGAAACUGAGGAGACCAAUUUUUGAAGCUUUUGAGGUGGAAUUCUUUCCCAUUCUUGCUUGAUGUACAGCUUAAGUUGUUCAACAGUUCGGGGUUUCUGUUGUGGUGUUUUAGGCUUUAUAAUGCGCAAAUUUUUUUAAUGGUACCAGUCUAGUACGAGCAUUCUUUUACUAUGAUGCCACGCUGUUGUAACACGUGGCUUGGCAUUGGCCUGCUGAAAUAAGCAGGGGCGUCCGUGAUAACGUUGCUUGGAUGGCAACAUAUGUUGCUCCUAAAUCUGUAUGUGUAUGUGCAUUAAUGGUGCUUUCACAGAUGUGUAAGUUACCCAUGCCUUGGGCACUAAUACACCCCCAUACCAUCUCAGAUGAUGGCUUUUGAAAUGUUUGCCUAUAACAAUCCGGAUGGUUCUUUUACUCUUUGUUCUGAAGGACACAAAGUCCACAGUUUCCAAACACAAUUUGAAAUGUGGACUCGUCAGACCACAGUACACUUUUCAACUUUGCAUCAGUCCAUCUUAGAUGAGCUCAGGCCCAGCGAAGCCGGCGACGUUUCUGUGUGUUGUUGAUAAAUGACUUUGGCUUUGCAUACGAGAGUUUUAACUUGCACUUACAGAUGUAUCGACAAACUGUAGUUACUGACAGUGGUUUUCUGAAGUGUUCCUGAGCCCAUGUGGUGAUAUCCUUUAUACACCAAUGUCGCUUUUUAAUACAGUUCCGCCUGAGGGAUCGAAUGUCUGUAAUAUCAUCGCUUUUGUGCAGUGAUUUCUCCAGAUUCUCUGAACCUUUUGAUGAUAUUACAGACCGUAGAUGGUGAAAUCCCUAAUUCCUUGCAAUAGCUUGUUGAGAAAUGUUGUUCUUAAACUGUUCUACAAUUUGCUCACGCGUUUGUUGACAAAGUGGUGACCCUCGCCCCAUCCUUGUUUGUGAAGGACUGAGCAUUUCAUGGAAGCUGCUUUUAUACCCAAUCAUGGCACCCACCUGUUCACAAUUAGCCUGUUCACCUGUGGGAUUUUCCAAAUAAGUGUUUAAUGAGCGUUCCUCAACUUUCUUGAGUCGUUUUUGCCACUUUUGCCAGCUUUUUUGAAACAUGUUGCAGGCAUCAAAUUCCAAAUGAGAGAAUAUUUGCAAAAAAAUACCGUUUUCCAGUUCAAUCAUUAAAUAUCUUGUCUUUGCAGUCUAUUCAAUUGAAUAUAAGUUGAAAAGGAUUUGCAAAUCAUUGUAUUCUGUUUUACUUAUGAUUUACACAAAAUGCUAACUUCAGAGGUUUUGGGGUUUGUAUGAUAUUUAUAAACUGCACCAUCAUUUUAAAUAUCACUUUUUUCCUCACUCAAUGUCCAAGCAAUGAAUGCUUUUACUUUCCUUUUUAGUUACGUUUACAAGUGUUUCAGUCAGUGCCAGGGGGCUUUGGCAUAAUCGUGUUCUACUGUAAUUGGCAGCUUCAUCUUCUUUUGGAUGUUUUUUUGUUAUAUUUGUUGUGGUAGAAGUUCUACUUUGAUCAUAUAGUACGACAGUACAUUAUAUAGUAAUCCAGUACAUAUUACUUCCUGUACUCCUAUGGAUGCCAACUUAUUUUACUCUUUCACUGAGGUGUUUACUGUACUGUUUAUUUGUAAUAAACACGUGUUUAUUCCUAUUAAACACGUGUUUAUUCAUACUGAAACGUUUACAUUUGAUUUCUAAUGACAACUGUUUUUUGCUUUCAGAAUGUUUACCGAUGUCCAAAUGUCAAAUAUUGUUCCUCAGGAAUGUGACAGCAUUGUGCACGUGUCAAAGGUCAUAAGGGGCCAAAGUAAGCUUAUGGAGCUGCUAUUAUUUUUUUGUAUUUGUUUACAGUAUUAUUUGUAAACAUAUUUGCUAAAAUCAUUCUGAUUCACAAUAAAGAAAUGAUAAAAAUA